AAGCGGGGCAAGUGACACGCGUUACUUAAAGCUUCCUUAAUUUCAUCCAGCCAAGCGAGGCGUGAGGGCGCUGCGCCCUUCGCGGGGCUCCGCUGGGGGGAGCCCCGCGGCCAUCUCGCCCCACGCCCCGGGGGAGGAAAGGAGAACCCCGGGGUCGUGCUCCGGGGCCGUGCUGUGGGGCAGGCAGCCCUCCCCGAGCCCCCGGUCGGGCUCCUGAGGCUGCACGCCGCCCCGCCAGCCCAGGUUUGCAGUCUUAAAAAAUAAAUAAAAUCAGCGUGAGCUAAAGAAACUUGAAGCAUCUCAAAGAAACUGAUACUUUCCAUUGCCUGACUGACAACAAAUACAGAGAGCUUUGUUGCCUCUGAGUAUGCAUGCAUCUUGACUAUAUUUCUACAUGACCGUGAGGGGCACUGUUCGGAAUGAAGCUGCCAUCAUGUCAUCCACAGGCAACGGCACCGAUAUUGAAGAAUUCUUGGUCAACAUUAACUUGGGGCAGUAUCUUCCUAACUUUAAAGAAUAUGGCUAUAACAUUGUGACAGAUUGCACGGGCAUAAACAACAGCGUGCUUCAGCAAAUGGGAGUGUUGCCUACAGGGCACCGCAGAAGGAUACUUAAGCAGUUAGACACUGCUCUUUCAAAAACGCAAGGACAUUUGCUUCUACAUGAAAAUACAAAACUCAAAGACUCGACAGGUUUAGAAAAGAAGCAAUAUUUGUUCGUGGAAGAGGAUUCUCCAGUAAGCAAUUUAAAUGCAGAUGAGACUGACUUGAUACCUGCAACGUCGUCAGUGCAACUUCCUAAUGAAGCUUACUUCGGUGAAGAAAGGUUCAAACUUGGAGAGCAGAACUUAUCAGAGGCAAGUGAUGAUAGCAUUACGAAUUUGGAUUUUUCUGGUUUAUACCAGAAUUCAGAUAGCAUACUAAAAGCUGUCAGUCUAAGUGGAAGUAUUGAGAUGAAUGCUCAGCCGGAUACAUCAUUGGAAGAAGCUGCUGCAUACCAAACUGAUGAGCACUUGGCUGGCCGUUUGGCAUUUUGUGAUUCUCCUUCUUCGUUUGCUCAUUCAUGUGAGACAAAAUACAGUGAAAACAAACAUCUGAUGCUUGCAGAUGAGGAUGAUCUAUCUGAUUGUGAGCCAAAUUCUCCAUUCUUUAAGUUUAAAGGAGAAAUGAUAAACAAUGACUUAUAUGAUUCCUGUACACAAAACUGCACGACAGUAUUUCCAAGAGCAAGCCGGUCUUUUAUGUUAAGACAUCGACCUGUGCCAGAAAUCCCUGAAUCAAGCAAAACUGAAACUUCAACAAGCUCCCUUCAGAAAAGAAGAAACGUGGAUGUUAUGAAUGUAUCUUGUGCUGGGAGGCAAGUUUCACAAAGAAAAACUUUCACAGAAGAAAAGCCACCCAUCAUAUCUCCAUAUGGAGAAACCUUUCUUUGGGACAGCCUUAAAGAUGCUAAGGAACUUCAUGGAAAUGAACGCCUGGUUUGUGAAAAGAAAUCAGAUCUAGAAAUGAAUGAAGAACAUUAUUCUCACAAGAAUUCAUGUUCCCUUAAUCAGGAUGGGAAGACAAAGGAAUGUGUGAAAAAUGAACCCUUGUCUCAGGAAAACAAGUCAUUAGGACCAGAAGAUUUUGAAAGUGAAUCUGUAUACUCUAUUGUGGAUCAAUGUUCUUUACCUUUAAAGAAAAAGAAAAAUAAAGCCAAAAGCCACUCAUCUUGUAGUAAGAACCGAAGUGGAGAUUCAAAUCACUUGGUCAGUGAACAAAUGGAUUUUCGGCAAUUUGACGGAGCUCAAACUUCGAUUGCAAAUGAAUCAAUAACACCGUAUGCUUGUUUUUAUGGACCAUCAGUAAAGAAGCUUAAAGCAGGAUGGCUGGAUAAAUUAUCCCCUCAAGGCAAACGUAUGUUUCAGAAGCGCUGGGUUAAGUUUGAUGGAGACAGCAUUUCUUACUACAAUAAUGAAAAGGAAGUGUUCUCAAAGGGGAUAAUACUGCUCUCUGCUAUAGCAACAGUAAGAGUUCAUGGAGAGAAUAAAUUUGAAGUUGUUACAUCCCAUAGGACUUUCGUCUUUCGAGUAGAUAAAGAAGAAGAAAGGAAUGACUGGGUUAAUACAAUACUUAAUGCCUUGAAGUCUCAGUCUGAUAAUCGCUCUCAGUCUCGAACUUCUGUUGCCCCUGAGAAAAGUGGAUAUCUUGAACUGAAAGGAUACAAAGCCAAAAUCUUUAUUCUACUUCAGGGGAAUACUGUGUGGAUCUGCAAAAAUGAGCAGGAUUUCAAGACAGGAUUUGGUAUCACUUUAAUCCCUAUGAAUGUGGCAAAUGUAAAACAAGUGGAUCGGACUGCAAAGCAAUCUUUUGAAAUAAUUACUCCUUAUAAAAGCUUCAGCUUUACAGCCGAGUCGGAAAGAGAGAAACAAGACUGGAUUGAAGCGCUGCAGCAAUCAAUAGCAGAAACUCUCUCUGAUUAUGAAGUAGCUGAGAAGAUUUGGUUCAAUGAAUCCAACAGGAGCUGUGCUGACUGUAAAGCUCCCAAUCCUGACUGGGCAUCCAUCAAUCUCUGUGUUGUCAUUUGUAAGAAGUGCGCAGGACAGCACAGAUCUUUAGGACCAAGAGACUCAAAAGUCCGGAGUCUAAAAAUGGAUGCCAGCAUUUGGAGCAAUGAGCUUAUUGAGCUCUUUAUCAUCAUUGGAAAUAAGAGGGCAAACAGCUUUUGGGCAGGAAAUCUUCCUCCAGAUGAAGAGCUGCACAUGGAUGCCCCAGCAGAAAAAAGGAUUGCAUUCAUUAUACAAAAAUACAAAGAGGGAAAAUUCAGAAAAGCACCUUUUACCUACAAAACCAAGGAACAAUUGAAUAAGGCGCUGUGUGCUGCUGUAGUUAAACAAGAUGUUCUAGAAACUCUGAUGCUGCUGUUCAGUGGAGCUGAUGUGAUGUGCGCUACUGGCGAUCCCGUUUACAGUACUCCAUACUUAUUAGCCAAGAAAGCUGGACAACGACUGCAAAUGGAAUUCCUAUACCAUAAUAAGUUCUCAGAUUUCCCAGGCUAUGAUAUUUGUCUUGAAAGUGGCUUCUCUGAAGAUUCUUCCCAUUCCACCUUUCUUUGUGAAUUUUUGUACAAAGUUUCUUCUAAUACUACCAAGCUUCUUACAGAGAAGAAAUUAAAAGAAGAUUGCAACAAAAGAUGGUGCACUUUAGAAAGUGGCUUUCUGAGCUACUAUGAAAAUGAUAAAACUACAACUCCUAAUGGUAUGCUUGACAUCAGCGAAGUUAUCUGUCUUGUAGUGCACAAGUCAGACUUCUUUUUAAAUAGAGGGGACAUCUUUACCUUUGAAAUCUAUUUAAUGUCAGAACGUGUUUUUCUGUUUGGAGCUGAAACUGCAUAUUCACAAAGAAAAUGGACUUGGGCGAUAGCUAAGCAUUUUGUUCCCCCUGUGGCUGAAUGCUUACUAGAGAGAGACUGUGACUUGAUUGGCCAACUGUACUACAAAGAUUGCCAUAGCCUGGACCAGUGGAGAAAAGGCUGGUUUGCUAUAGAGAAGUCGAGCCUUUACUUUCGUCUUGAAAUGGAGAACGCUCAAGAAGAUUCCAUAUAUCUAAGGAGGCUGCAAGAACUAACAAUCAGUAGCGUGAUGCAAAAUGGAGAAAAAAUAGAUGUCCUGCUCCUUGUUGAAAAAGGAAGAACACUGUACAUUCAUGGCCAUACGAAGCUGGAUUUCAUGGUCUGGUAUACUGCAAUUGAAAAAGCAGCAGGUACAGAUGGUAAUGCGUUACAAGAUCAGCAGCUCAGCAAAAAUGAUGUUCCUAUUAUAGUGAACAGCUGUAUAGCAUUUGUUACACAGUAUGGUUUAGGGAGCAAGCAGAUAUACCUCAAGAAUGGCAAUUCUUCUAAUGUGGCUGAACUUCUGGAAAGUUUCAAAAAAGAUGCAAGGAGUGUUAAACUAAGAGCUGGGAAACAUCAGCUUGAAGAUGUGACUGAUGUAUUGAAAAGUUUUCUUUCUCAAAUAGAUGAUGCUCUUCUCACUAAAGAACUUUAUCCAUUCUGGAUUUCUGCAUUAGAUAUGCAGAAUGAAAAGGAACGUGUGAGGAAGUAUGGAGCUUUCAUUCGGACGCUUCCACCAGUCAAUAAGGCAACUUUGGCUGCAUUAAUUGAACAUCUUUACAGGGUGCAGAAAUGUUCUGAAAUCAAUCAUAUGAACCCUCACAAUCUAGCUAUGGUGUUUUCUUCAUGCUUAUUUCAAACUAAAGGCCAGACUAGUGAAGAAGUCAAUGUAAUUGAAGAUCUAAUUAAAAACUAUGUGCAACUUUUUGAUAUAAAUGAAGACCAGGUCAAACAAAUGGAUAUAGAGAACAGCUUUAUUACCAGGUGGAAAGACACUCAGGUUUCCCAGGCUGGAGAUUUGCUGAUUGAAGUUUAUGUGGAAAGAAAGGAGCCAGACUGUAGUAUUAUAAUAAGGGUAUCGCCGUUGACAGAAGCAGAAGAAUUAACUAAUGAUGUUUUAGGAAUCAAAAACAUUACUCCCAACAAAGAUGAUAUCUGGGCUGCUUUUGAAGUACUUGAAAAUGGAGAGCUAGAACGUCCACUGCAUUAUACAGAGAAUGUUCUAGAACAGGUUCUCCACUGGAGUUCACUACCAGAGCCUGGCACUGCAUAUCUGAUAAUAAAGAGAUUUCUAACAGCAGACAUGAUGAAACUCUACAGUGAGAAAAACGUGAAAGGUAGUGUGAAAGCUGGCUAUCUAAAGUACAAAGAAGAACCAUCAAAACUACUGUCCGGAAACAAAUUUCAAGAGCGUUAUUUUGUCUUACGGGAAGGAAACUUGCUCCUUUACAAGGAUAUGAAGGCUAGCAAACCUGAAAAAGUGUUGCCUGUCAAUUCCUUGAAGCUUUAUCUUGGAGUGAAAAAGAAAAUGAAGCCACCAACAAACUGGGGAAUUGCAGUGUUUUCUGAAAAGCACCAGUGGCAUAUAUGUUGUGAUGGACAUGAUACGCAGAUGGAGUGGAUGAUCAGCAUUUUUACGGCACAGCAUGCCGAUAUAUGGCCGCCUGCUGGAAAAGCAAGAAAACAGUCCAUAACUAAAAGUCCAAAGAUUGGAGGCUUACCACUAAUUCCCAUUCAACAGGAGAAGAACACUUGUAAAAUCAGAGGGAGUAUAGAAAAUGUACAGUUAGGAUUGGGGAAACCGAAACUCAGUGAACAUAAUGAAGAUGACUUACUGGAAGAAAGAAAAAACUUGAAAGAAAAGGCAUCUAUGGUUGCACAAUGUUUGGAACGCAAGGAGGAGAAAGUGCAUAAUCAUGCUAAAGCACAUCGGAGCUUUAUCUCUGAGGAUAUAGGUGUGGGGAAGACUGACCUAUGCCAAAGACCACAUAAGCCACUGAAAAAAAAUAAGAACAAAACAAACAAAACUACAUUGGAAUUAGAUAAAAAAUUGCCAUCAAAUGUGAUUCAGGAACUAAAUACAGUGUUGCAGAAGAACAGAGUGCUUCAUGAUGAAACCUCCAGCUGAUGUCCUAAGUUUGAAGUUUAGAAUAUAUAUAUAUAUAUAUAUAUAUAUAUAUAUAUAUAUAUAUAUUUUUAUUUUCUGGGCAAAAGUAGGGUUUUUAUGUAUGUAGUUUGUACAGUGCAGAGAAAAUUUGUUUAUACGCAGCUCUUGAUUUUGUAUAUGCACACGCUACGAUAUGAUUUAAGAUUGAACUGAGAGAAAUGAUUGUGCAAAAGUCCUGAAAUUUGGAAGUUUUGCUGUGCAGUGCAAUGGCACUUGGGUUUUAUCUAUUGUUUUUUGUUGAAGAUUUUGUUAGAUACAAGAAUUCUAAGCACUAUCAAAAGCUUUUGCUCGGUUCGUACUCCAUACCAUCUUGUAAGUACUGGAGAGAAAUUUUUGGAAUGAAGGCAAGACAUACGCUGAAAUUCAUCCUGUUGGUCUGCAAUAUUUUUAAUUGUCUAACACUAUAAAAAAUGAGUGUUUUGAAGAGUGAUUUUUCACAUAUAAUUUUUUAAAAUUUAAGAAUACAAUGAGUAUCUGUUACCAAAGAUUUGUCCUCUUGCAGAGCAGCAUGCAAAAGAAUCAAAGAGAAGGGAUAUAAUAGGUAAGACAAUGCAUUAGUCCUUGUAUCUCAACACCGUAUCUAUAUGGUAUGCAUAUGACUGUGAUACCUAAGUAACCAGAGAAUGUUUUGGAUUGGAAGGAACCUUAAAGAUCAUCUAAUUCCAAGCUCCCUGACAUGGGCAGGAACACCUCCCACCAGGCCAGGUUGCUCAAAGCUCCAUCCACCCUGGCCUUGAAUACUUCCAGGGAUGGGGCAUCCACAGCUUCUCUGGGCAAUGUGUUCCAGUGCCUCACCACCCUCAGAGUAAAGAAUUUCUUCCUACUACCUAAUCUAAAUCUACCCUCUUUUAGUUUAAAGCCAUUACUCCUUCUGCUAUUGCUAUGCUCCCUGACAAAGAGUCCAUCUCCUGCUGUCUUGUUGGCCCCCUUUAGGUACUGGAAAACUGCUGUAAGGUGUCCCUGGAUCCUUCUCUUCUCGAGGCUGAACAACCCCAGCUCCCUCAGCCUGUCUUCGUACAAUAGGUGCUCCAGCCCUUUGAUCAUCUUUGUGGCCCUCCUCUGGACUUGUUCUAAUGCUUCCAUGUCCUUCUUGUGCUGGGGGCCCCAGAGCUGAACACAGUACUCCAGGUGGGGUCUCACAAGAGCAGAGCAGAGGGAGAGACCUUGACCUGCUAGCCACGCUUCUUUUGGUGCAGCCCAGGAUACUGGGGCUGGCUUUCUGGGCUGCAAGUGCACAUUGCCAGCUCAUGCUGAGCUUUUCAUCAACCAACACCCUCCACGUCCUUUUCCUCAGGGCUGUUCUCAAUCCAUUCUCUGCACAGCCUUGUACUUGUGUUUGUGGAUGCCCUAACCCAGGUGCAGGACCUUGCCCUUGGCCUUGCUGAACUUCACAUGAAGUUCACACAGGCCUGCCUGCCAAGGUCCCUCUGGAUGGCAUCCCCUCCCUCCAGAGUGUUGACUGCACCACACAGCUUGGUAUCAUUGUCAAAGUUGCUGAGGGUGCACUCCAUCCCACUGUCCAUGUCACUGACAAAUACGUUAACCUGUGCUGGUCCUAGUACUGACCCCUGAGGAAACACUACUUGUUGCUGAUUUCCACCUGGACAUUGAGCCAUUGACUACCAUCUAGCCAAUUUCUGACUGAGUGGUCCAUCUGUCAAACCCAUAUCUCUCCAACUUAGAGAUGAGGAUAUCAUGUGGGACAGUGUCAAAUGCUUUGCACAAGUCCAGGUAGAUGAUGUCAGUUGCUCUUCCCCUAUCCACCAAUACUGUAACCCUAACCUUGAAGACUUGCCAGUGAAGACUGAGGCAAAAAAUUCACCGAGUAGCUCAGCCUUCUCCCUAUCCUAGGUACCCUGCUGUCCCUUUUCCUUCUGGAGAGGGCCUACGAUUUCCCUAGUUUUCCUUUUAUCAUUGAUGUACCUAUCUUGCUAUCCUUGAUGUCCCUGGCCAAAUUUAAUUCUAACAGGGCUUUAACGAGAAAGAAUACUGAAGAUAACAAGAAGUUGUCUUUGGAGUAAUAAUCUAAUUUGAAAAUAUGAAUUGGAAAAAAAAAUAGCAUCAUCUCUUUUUGCUCUAUAGGCUGAUAGAAUUUUAUAAACAGGCCCUGGUUAGCUUAGGGUGACAAAGGCAGGCUUUGCUAUCACUGCUUGGAGGUAGCUUGCUUGGUCCUGACAAAGUUGGCAUCUGAUCAAUAUUAAAUAGUCACAUGAGAAAUGAGUUUCCUCAAGAGAAAUUGAUCCCCACACAAGCAUAUCCAUCAGAAGGGCACUCACUCAGUUGAGAAGUGCCGGUUACUAAAUGGAUAAGAUCAACCUCUCCCUUUACCGUGAGAACAAAGGUGAACAGUCUACCGUUAGCAGGGACUAGGAAACACUUGUGCUCUAGCUGAUGUGCUACCCUGUGGGUAAUUGCUUAGAUUUUUAUGCCCAGAGUUCCUUAAAUUAAAAAAAAAAAAAAUCAAAA